GUGAUGAGUACGAUCCAGCCUGGCCACAUAUCAUCGAAUUGCCACAUGUUUCUCCUCGAGUCACUGGUGGCGAGGAGUACGAUCCAGCCAGUCCGCCAUUUAAAACGCAAGGGGAGCAGGAAGAUGAGCAACUGCGCAGGUCGAGCUUCUUCUUGCCUUUUGUAAUGGGCGGCCUAGACUUGAUGGUUGAUCAAGUUUCUCCUACAAGUCCUGCUGCAGAGCAUGUCGACAGUCCUCCUUGCUCUCCAAAGACUAUUGCGAGUAGACCUUUCGAUCUACCGGGUGCUACCGAGCGGCCUGCUAUUCCGGAGAAGAUUUCCAAGCGCGCGACAGUGAAGUUGACCUCUGAGAAUGCCAGCGCGAUGAUGGCAUCGCAGAGUGUCAACUUUCCAGGCAGUAACGUGCCCAUACUUCUUCCACCCCAGCCAGCUGACGACGACGAUGACUACUGUCCUCUUCCACGCUGGGAACCCGAUACCUCGUACGAGCACAUCACGAUGGACGAUGACGAGGGAAAUUGUGAUACUAUGCCGCGUCCCACACUCGCUCGCCCUCCAUCUUUGUCAACGAUAGUUCAAGAAUCGUCUUCCCCACCACCUUUACCACAGUCGCUCCACAUCGAUUCCUCAGCCAAGGCUCCACGCGAAAGACUCACUUCACCUCUCGGCCCUCGAGCACCCCCUGCGAAAAGUGUUUUACGCAAUGUGACCGAGCUGCGUCGCAUGAAUAGCGAAGUCAAGGUCCAUCGCUCGCGAGCGAGCAGGAACUACACGCGCUUGGGCCGGGAAGCUUCACCUCUACUCCCUUGGAUCCCGACCUCUCCCGAGGCAGGAGAAGGACAAGCAAUCCAUCGCGAAGAAAGCUCCAACAGUCUCUUCGAUUUCGACUUUGAUUCCACCAACGCAGGAGCCGAACACCAACCCGGCAAUGCGAUGGAUGAGAUUGAUUUCGAGUCGCUGUCCAUCGAUAUUCAAGGUGCUUUGGCUGGCUUCGACGACAAAUACAGAUACUCUCAAGCAUUGAAUUCGUCUCCCCCGCUUCAGGCGAGGCGAAGGGGUAGUGACAAAGAGAAUCAAGACCAAGAAAAUCAGCAGUGUCAGAAGCAGCAGCAAAAGCAACAGCAGCAAAAGCCACAACGUCCUAUCAUGACCCAGCAAAGACACUCAAGUGUCUGGGACGACGGCGAGAAAUAUUGGCAACAGGAAGAUCAUCAUCAACAACAACAACAACAGCGAGCCAAUGACUCCCGACCCACAACCGCAGGAAGUAGUGAAAAAUCUUUCACUCCACAUUACAUCGUCAGUAGUAGUAGUACUACUACUACUCGUCCUCCCGCUCGCGACUCUCUCGCACGAUCUUCAUUCUAUCCGGAUUAUGAUGAUGAUCAUCAUCAUGAAAAUGAAGAUGAGGACGACCAAAACAACAACAACAACAACAACAAGUUAUUGACACGGCGGGACCCGAGACUUCUCAGCACGCCGGCGGCAGGAGGACGUGUCGUCGGAGGGGAGAGGAAACCAGAUGUUGUCGUCAUGGCUGCUACGCCGAAAAGUUUGUAUGAUGCGGAUGGGUUUUUGAGGUCUUGAGGAGGGUAGGCAUGUUUGGAGAAGGAUGAAUUUCGUUUUCUUGGUUGGUUGGUUGACUAUUUGUUGGAAAGUGUGCCAUGUAAGAAAGAAAGGAAGAAGGAAAGAAAGAGGAAGAA